CGCCUCCACCGCCCACCGGAGAUCUCCCACCGCCCGGCUCCGGCGGCGAGGGCGCCACCUCCGCUCUGCCGCCGUCUCUUACACCUCCACCGCGGACCGGCGAGCCUCCCGGAGCUCCCUCUAGGCCCGAAGGCUACAGGUGUUGAUAAUAUCUCUAAUAUAGCUAGGAAAAAGUGUGAAAAAAUGGAAGCUCUUGAUGAUGCCAUUGAAGCCGGAGGAAAGAAUUCAAUGAAAUGCACACUGAUUUUGGCUCAGGGAGAUUCAGCCAAAUCAUUUGUUAUGUCUGGCAUGGACGUUCUUGGUCGUGAACAUUAUGGUGUACUAUCUCUUAUGGGCAAGGUGGAAAAUGUUCGCGACUCAGAUGUCAAAGAUUCAGUGAGCCCAAUCAUUCAAAACAUAAUGAAUGCACUGGGGCUUGAUUUUGAGGCUUGUUAUAAAACUGCCUAUAAAUUAAGAUAUGGCCAUGUGAUGUUUAUGAUGGAUCAGGAUGCUGAUGGAAUUCAUACUAAAGGACUCCUACUUAAUAUAUUUGGCAAAUAUUGGCCUUCGCUACUGAAAAUAGAUCGAUUUUUAUCUGAUUUUACCACACUAUUAGUAAAGGCAGAAGCUAAAGAUGGUGGUGCCGAAGAAAUAUUCUACACGAUGGAAAGUUUCAAUAGAUCUGAUGUUAAAAGAGACAUCGAUUCUUGGAACAUUACGCACAUUAAGGGCCUGGGAUCUUUGAUGGCAGAAGAGGCCAAAGAUUAUUUUGCAAACAUAGAUGACCAUAGAAGAUAUUUCAAAUGGAGUGGCGAGAUAGACUCCAGGGCCCUUGAAGUAUGUUUUGUGAAAGAUAAAUGGAAUGCCAGAAAGAUUUGGAUCAUGAGGACUAUGAGCUUGCAGUCGCAGAUUGAAAAUGAGGAGUUCUCGCGAUUUGUAAUCAAGGACUUAUUGGGCUCAGUGCCAUCAAUGAUGGAUGGUCUAAAGACCACACAACGAAAGGUGUUGUUUGCUGCUAUGGAAGACCUCAAGGAAAAGAAACAGUGCUGUCCUUGCUUCAAUUAGCUUCUCAUUAAAGAAAGCAAUGAGUAACUUUCAUGAGAUAAAAGAAUCCUAAUGCCUGUUCCACUCGCAUCACAUUCAGAUGACAUAUUCUGUCACAAUGGAACCACGCCUGAU